CUCACAAUGACAUGAUAUUUCAUCUCGAUCUUUUCUUAACUCUCACAUUGACAUGAAAUUUCAUCUUGAUCUUUUGUUAAUUCGAAUAUGCGUAUAGUACAAAUAUAAAUUAAUUAAUAAACAUAUAUGAUGGAAAGGCAGAGAAGUAAGAAGAGUGGAAGAAAAGAGGAAGCUUUAACAAUGAUCGUGUCGUGUAACAACAACACAACAAAAGGGCGUGAGUUCACGUUGUCGCCAUCAUCGGAUGAAAACAACAAUGAUUUCUCGUUGGAUAUCGAGACCGGCGUGUUUGAUUUUCCGUGGAUCAAAGAGGGCGGUGCUUCCAUGAGAGGGUAUUACGGUUACAACGACAAUUAUGAUGGCGACUAUGAAGGACGUGUUGAAUUCGAUGACUUAUUUAGCGGACAUUGUAUGAUAGAUAAUGAUGACAUUUCCAAUAAUGAUGCCACUAACUCUCUGCCCACCAUAUCAACUACAUGUGAUGGUCUUCUAGAGUUUAAAAAUGAUCACGAUCUCUGGUUUGCUGCUCAUCCUCAUGUCCAUAACCAUUCAUCCAUGCGGGCUUCUACAACCUACUUGAGGUCUGGUUGUAGUUACAAGGGAGAGUUGUGGCCGUAUCUAGAUGAUGACAAGCAAAAUGUUGAUGAAUUGGACGGAACCUGGACUUCUCUGCUCGCUCAUCCCCUUGAAAAUAUUUAGUCUAUGAAAGAUUAAAAGAAAAAAGUAAAAAGAAAUGGUCAUCAUAUCAUGCAUGCACCAAAGUGACCAAACUACGCCGUUAAAAUUAGAGUAUGUCCUCUACAUACGCAUGCACCUUCUUGUAUUUUUAUUAUGAUUACAAAUUUAGAGUACAAUACUUGGUUUAAAAACGUAACAACACACGAGUCAAUUGACUUGUAUAUCUGUUGAGAUAUAUUAUCUCGGUCUGUUACUGUUCAGAAGUCCAAUACAUCGCCCCAGUACGAAGCCUGAAUGGCGAGGCCCAUUUCAGUCUUUCGGGUCUGUUUCGUCCCUUUGGGCCCAUUUCGGCUCGCUUGGCUCGUUAGGGCGGAGAGCAUCC